GCCAUUUUGAUUCUGCGGCUGCGCCUCUUCGCUAUGGCGGAGAUGGACGACGGAGACGAGCCGGGUUUAGUUCACACACACAGUGGCUCGUCCGGGUCCAAGUCCGGGGGGGACAAGAUGUUUUCCCUCAAAAAGUGGAACGCAGUGGCGAUGUGGAGCUGGGACGUGGAGUGUGAUACCUGCGCUAUAUGCCGGGUUCAAGUAAUGGAUGCGUGUUUGAGAUGCCAGGCUGAAAACAAGCAAGAAGACUGUGUUGUGGUUUGGGGAGAGUGCAACCACUCCUUCCACAACUGCUGUAUGUCCCUGUGGGUGAAGCAAAACAACAGAUGCCCGCUGUGCCAACAGGACUGGGUGGUACAGAGGAUUGGCAAGUGAGGGUUCGGGCCUUGUACUCGCAUCAUCUCCGUCCACUUUGGCACCUCUCCACCUAUGGAGAACAGGACUGAUUAUCAGAGCAUCUCUCCUGCCACCGAAUGUGUAUUCCACCUAUGUGCAUGUACGUGACUGUCAGAGUGAAAUCAUGGAUGCAGGCAGACGUUCAGGUGACGCUAGUUAGUUUAAACCCCUCUGUCACCUAAUGCAGCAUUAAGUUGAGCCAGCUAGGGGAGCUCCGGGUUUGUAGCAUCACAUGUGAUGAACUGAAGAACUGUUGUACUAUGAAUGUGUGUGUUUUAAGUGUGCUAGAAAUCAAUAAAAUACUCAAAUGUU